CGAGCCGUGAAGCGACGACACUCCUGAUACUAUGCUCGUCCGAUGACGCCGAUUGCAAUCCCACUGACGCGGCGGCGGGGCGGUUGCCGUCUCCACCGCCGCCGCGGCACCGCGUGCCCGCUCGAUAGCGACCUCCAUGCGGGGACGGCGGAGCCCUAGACACCUCGUGGCCGGCCCCCACUGGUGCUACCUCCUCCCGGCACGACGACAUUGAGACAGAGAGCCCGUGCUGCUUCAUUGCUCCACGCCCUGGUUGUUGGGUGUGUCUUGUGCUGGACAUUGUCUGCUCGGUGUGUGGAGGGCCAGAGCCAAACUGGGCAGCUGAGCGUGGAUGCCUCACCGCAGAAUGUUAGGAAGAUCCCUGAUAAGAUGUUCGGUAUCUUUUUUGAGGAGAUCAACCAUGCUGGAGCUGGUGGUUUGUGGGCAGAGCUUGUAAGCAACAGAGGUUUCGAGGCUGGCGGCCCUAAUACACCUUCCAAUAUUGACCCAUGGCUGAUCAUUGGGGAUGAAUCAAGUAUCAUUGUUGGAACUGAUCGGACAUCAUGUUUUGAACGUAAUCCAGUUGCACUUCGGAUGGAAGUUCUUUGUGAUUCAAAAAGAACCAAUGCCUGCCCAUCCGGAGGUGUUGGGGUCUACAAUCCUGGUUACUGGGGAAUGAACAUUGAAAAAGGGAAGGUUUAUAAGGUGAGCCUGCAUAUUAGGUCAUCAGACGCAGUGUCCUUGACUGUCUCAUUGACAAGUUCUGAUGGUCUACAAAAACUUGCUGCUCAUACCAUCACAGGUAGCAAGAAAUCCUUUGCAAAAUGGACAAAGAUAGAAUUCCAUUUGAAGUCCAGCCAAAAUAAUACCAACUCGAGGCUUCAACUUACAACCAGCAAAAGCGGGGUGAUUUGGCUUGAUCAAGUGUCAGUCAUGCCAUUGGACACUUACAUGGGGCAUGGUUUUCGGAAAGAUCUUUCUUUGAUGUUGGCCAAUCUCAAGCCUCAGUUUCUCAAAUUCCCAGGCGGUAACUAUGCCAUGGGAAAUUAUCUACGAAAUGCAUUUUGGUGGAGUGAAACAGUGGGACCAUGGGAGGAAAGACCUGGUCACUUCAAUGAUGCCUGGGGAUACUGGACUGAUGAUGGACUUGGAUUUUUUGAGUUCCUUCAGUUGGCUGAAGACCUUGGUGCUUCACCGGUUUGGGUGGUCAAUGAUGGAGCAAGCCUUAAUGAAGAAGUUUCUACUGCAACAAUUGCAUCAUUGGUUAAGGAUGUUGUUAAUGGCAUCGAGUUUGCCAGGGGAGGACCCAAAACACCUUGGGGUUCAGUUCGUGUAGCAAUGGGACACCCACAACCUUUUAAGCUUGAUUAUGUUUCGAUAGGAAAUCAAGAAUGUUGGAUGCUCUACUACAGAGGAAAUUACCAAAAGUUUUAUUCUGCGAUUAAGGCUGCCUACCCCGACAUCAACAUUAUAUCAAGUUGUGAUAGGUCCACUAUUUCGCCAUCCAACCCUGCUGAUCUGUAUGAUGUUCAUGUCUACACCUCUUCGAGUAAUAUGUUUUCCAGAACUAGUAUGUUUGACAACACACCACGUAGUGCACCGAAGGCAAUUGUUAGCGAGUACGCUGUGACUGGGAAUGAUGCUGGCAAAGGAACACUGGUAGCAGCACUAGCAGAAGCUGCAUUUCUCAUUGGAUUGGAAAGGAACAGUGAUGUGGUCGAGAUGGCAAGCUGUGCACCCCUUUUUGUAAAUGACAAUGACCGCAGGUGGAACCCAGAUGCCAUCGUCUUCAAUUCGUGGCAGCACUAUGGAUGCCCCAACUACUGGAUGCUACACUUCUUCAAGGAUUCAAGUGGUGCUGCCCUUCAUCCUACAACCAUUCAGAUCUCGAACUACGAUCAGCUGGUUGCAUCUGCCAUCACUUGGCAGAAUGCUAAAGACAAGAGCACCUACCUCAGGAUAAAGGUGGUCAAUUUCGGGAGCAGAGCCGUGGAUCUCAAUGUCUCUGUGGCAGGGCUGGCGAACGGCAUCAAGAAGUCUGGAUCGAAACAGACGGUUCUAACAUCCAGCAGUCCGCUUGACGAGAACUCCUUCCAGCAGCCGGAGAAGGUGGUGCCGGUGUCGAGCCCGUUGGCGAACGCGAAGCAGCAGAUGGGUGUGUCCGUGAGGCCGUACUCCCUGACCUCGUUUGACCUGCUGCUGGAGCCGAGCAAGCAUGCCAGCAUCUGAAGAAGCAGCAGCUGUACUAGCUACGGCGGCCAAAUCGACGAUGAGGAGAGAAUAGAUACGUUGUUGAGAUAUGGAUCUAUGUUGCUCCAGUAUCAUUAGUUGGUAGAUUAUACUACGUACGCUACCGGUGAUUGUCCUAAACAUGUCCUUUGCUAAAGUCUGGUCUUCAAGAUACCAUUGGUUGAGCAGCUUGUGCAGAAGUACAGCUUUCACCUGAGCUGUUAGUCCGUGACUGUCUUGCAACGGUGAACCAUCGCUGAGACGAACACUUUCCAAUAUUGCUGUGCUGUGGAGAGCGCAACCGUGUAUGUUGUGACCAGAUGAUAAGUAGCCUUAUUCUUGGCAUAA